AUGUUUUGUCUGCAUUGUAAUAAGCUAAAGAAGAAGGAUCAUCAUUGUUAUAUUAAACCGGUAAAAGAACAAAAAAAUGUAACACAGCCUACAUUAUAUUUUUAUGAUUUUGAAACGCGUGUAGAUGAAGACGAUAUCUACAGGAUUCCUUUUUAUUGCGUUGUUCAAAAAGUGUGCGAUGCAUGUGAUGAGAAACCGUUUGUAAAAAACUACGAACAUUUUUUACCCCACCCCACCGAAGCAUAUGUGGAUAUUUCUGUCGAGUCAGUACCUUGUUGUGGAUAUAGACAGUAUGUGUUUGAAAAAAAUAACGAAAGUAUUGCAGAGGAUUUGGUUGAUUUUAUGAUGCAACAACCUAAAAAUAGUGUAUGGGUAGCACACAACCGAGGACGUUUUGAUAGUAUCUUUUUAAUGCGAGAAUUGUUAAUUCGUCGUAAAAUAGUUCCUAAUGUUGUAAUGAAUGGUAGUAAGGUCAUGUCUAUUGAAUUGGAAGAACGUAAUUUAAAAGUAAUCAAUAGUUAUUUAUUUCUCUCUAUGCGUUUAAGUAAAUUUCCCGAAGCGUUGGGGAUUAAGGAUGUGGCAAAGGGUUUUCAUCCCUAUUUGUAUACUGAUUUAAAUUAUGUCGGCCCCAUGGUGGGAUUAGAUUAUUUUGAACCACCUAUUGAGGGUACCAAGGAACGAGAUGUUUUUGACGAAUGGUAUAACAACAACAGAGUAAAACGUAUAUUUUUUGUGAAGCAAUUUAUUAUUAUUGUUGUUUGGAUGUUGAUAUAUUGCGACAGGGGUGCAUUAUAUUUGCACGAUUGAUUUUUAAGAUCACGGGUGUAUUACCCUUUUAUGACCACACGUGUAAUACUGUGGCGGGUUUGGCUCUUAAGAUAUAUCGUAAAAAUUUUUUGAAAGAAGAACAGAUUAGUCAGGUGCCGACAUGCGGGUAUGGUGGGAAAAAUGUCAAUCAAAGUGUUAUUGCGUUGUGUUGGUUACGAGAAAUCGAAAGGGAAUUGAGUGAAAACAACAUGCAACUUGCUAGUAAGCUUAGUGUGGGUGGGGAAGUUCAAAUUAUGGGUCGUUAUGUUGACGGGCAUUGUGAUGAAACAAAAACAAUUUACCAAUUUCAUGGUUGUUUUUACCACGGUUGUGAUAGAUGUUACGAUGGUGAUGCUUACAAUAAUGUUGUAUGUGAGAAAUUUUUUAUUCUAUUUGCAAGUACGCAAAGAGUCACGAGAAAUUUUCAACAAGUCGGUUAUACAGUUGUUGAGAAAUGGGAAUGCGAUUAUCAUAAUGAAAGUAAUAUGACACCACAUCGUCUAAAACAAUUACGUUUAGACUCUUUUCUUGAGUAUCUACAUUUAGAGCCGCGUGAUGCUCUUUUUGGCGGACGGACAUCUCCCACAGUGCUUUAUUAUGAUAUUAGUAGCACGUGCUUGCCAGCUAUGUAUUUUGACGUGUGUUCUCUUUAUCCCCACGUGCAGAAAAAAUUUGAAUAUCCCACGCAACACCCGACUAUUUUACGUGGUGAAGAAUGUAAAGAUAUUGAUUUAUAUUCUGUAUUCGGUCUAAUUAAAUGCAAGAUUCUACCGCCAAUGAAUCUAUUAUUUCCGGUGUUACCUUUUCGUUCGGAAAAAUUAACAUUUCCUUUGUGUCGUACUUGUGUAUUGAAACAACAACGGGAUACAUGUAAUAAUAACGACGAACAACGUGCACUAUACGGCACGUGGACAAGUGUUGAAAUUCAAAAAGCGCUUGAGUUAGGUUAUCAAAUUCUUGUGGUCUAUGAAAUUUAUCAUUAUGAAAAACGUGAAAAAAUAUUUGAUCAAUAUGUUAAUACCUUUAUAAAACUUAAGCAAGAAAGUAGUGGAUUCCCAAAAAUUGUUUAA